AUACACUUAUGGCAGAAAACAUUCUCACGUUGUCGGCAUGCAUGUGCGAGUGUCGUGAAUCAUGUAUUGGAAGUUAAGCCUCUGAUUAUAUUCACUUUCUUGGGCUUUGUAUUAUGAUUUAGCUCUCCAAAGUUAUCAGACUGGUGUCAACAAUGAAGUUCGCAUACAGGUUUUCCAAUUUGCUGGGUGCCGUGUAUCGUCGUGGAAAUUUGAGUUUCUCCAAGGAUGGUGACUCCGUGAUCAGCCCCGUCGGUAACCGUAUAUCCGUCUUCGAUUUGAAAAAUAAUAAAUCUGAGACUCUGCCUGUCUCCACGACGAAAAACAUCACCUGCGUGGGCCUCUCUCCCGAUGGCAACUUGGCAAUUCUGGUUGACGAAGAUGGUGCAGCUGUGUUGGUCAGCCUAGUGACACGGGCAGUGCUCCAUCACUUCCAUUUCCAUAAACCAGUCAGCAGUGUGCGCUUCUCUCCUGAUGGCAGGAAGUUUAUUGUGACGAAGGACAAUGUGGCUUUGAUGUACCACGCCCCAGGAAGAAAGAGGGAGUUCAAUGCCUUCGCUUUGGAUAAGAGCUACUACGGCCCCUACGACGAAACCACCUGCAUCGACUGGACUGAUGACUCCAAGUGCUUUGUGGUGGGCAGCAAAGACAUGACUACCUGGGUGUUUGGAGCGGAGAGGUGGGCUAACCUGGUGUACUACUGCUUGGGUGGACACAAGGAUGUGAUCGUAGGCUGCUUCUUUGAGCAGGACAGUCUGGACCUCUACACAGUGAGCCAAGACGGGACCCUGUGUGUGUGGGAGUGUGACACUGAACUCGAAGGUCUGCUGACUCGGGCUCCCAGGAGGCAGGUUGGGCCUCAGGAGAAGGUGAAGGAGGUGGAGGAGCAAGAGGAAGUAGAGGAGAGGGAAGAACGCGAGGAUGGGGAGCCCCGGGGCGAGGUCAUCCGGGGGAAGGCAGACGAACCCAAGCAGAAGGAGGGCUCCAAGAUGGUCCGAUACAAACGGCUGGGCAAGCACUUCUUCAACAAAGAGGGUGACUUCAACAACCUGACGGCUGCAGCGUUCCACAAGAAGUCGCACCUCCUGGUGACGGGCUUUGCUUCUGGAAUAUUCCACCUGCAUGAGCUGCCCGAGUUCAACCUCAUCCAUUCGCUCAGCAUUUCUGACCAGCGAAUCUCCUCCAUAUGUAUCAACAGCCCUGGGGACUGGAUAGGAUUUGGCUGCUCAGGUCUGGGCCAGCUGCUUGUGUGGGAGUGGCAGAGCGAGUCCUAUGUCUUCAAGCAGCAGGGGCAUUUCAACAACAUGGCCACCUUGUCCUACUCCCCCGACGGACAGUACAUUGCCACCGGAGGGGAUGAUGGGAAGUUGAAGGUGUGGAACACCAGCAGUGGCCUGUGCUUCGUCACCUUCACCGAGCACAGCAGCAGCGUCACCGGAAUCUCCUUCACCUCCCGCGGCUUCGUCAUCGUCAGCGCCUCGCUGGACGGCACCGUCAGGGCCUUCGACCUGCACCGGUACCGAAACUUCCGCACCUUCACCUCGCCCCGCCCGGCACAGUUCUCCUGCCUGGCAGUGGAUGGCAGCGGAGAGCUGGUGUGCGCGGGGGCACAGGACUCCUUCCAGGUCUUCCUUUGGUCCCUGCAGACCGGCCGUCUGCUGGAGGUGCUGGCGGGUCACGAGGGCCCGGUGAGCUGUCUGAGUUUCAGCCCGGUGCGCUCGGUUCUGGCCAGCACCUCCUGGGACCGCACCGUCAGGCUGUGGGACAUGCUGGACAGCUGGCAGACCAAGGAGAUUCUGCGGCUCACGUCCGAUGGCCUAGCAGUGACGUAUCGGCCAGACGGUGAGGAGUUGGCUGUGGCCACUCUGGAUGGGGAGAUCUCCUUCUGGAACCCCUACACUGCCUCUCAAAACGGCUCCAUCGUCGGACGCCACGACCUGCAGAUGGGCCGCAAGGAAACGGACAAGAUCACCGCCAAGCAGGCGUCCAAGGGCAAGUCCUUCACCUCGUUGUGCUACUCCGCGGAUGGAGAGUGCAUGCUGGCAGGCGGUCAGUCCAAGUUUGUCUGCAUCUAUAACAUCGCCGAGCAGAUCCUCAUGAAGAAGUUUGAGAUCUCCUGCAACCUGUCGCUGGAUGCUAUGGAGGAGUACCUGGACCGGAGGAAGAUGACCGAGUUCGGGAGCCUGGCUCUGGUGGAUGAGGGGGUGGGGGACGGGGACACCGUGGCUCUCAGUCUGCCUGGAGUCAGGAGAGGAGACAUGAGCUCGCGACACUUUAAGCCGGAGAUUCGGGUCAGCUCCCUCUCCUUCUCCCCCACCGGGCGCAGUUGGGCAGCCAGCUCGACGGAGGGUCUGCUGGUGUACUCUCUGGACGGGGCGCUGGUGUUCGACCCCUUCGAUCUGGACCUGGACGUCACGCCCGGCAGCGUUCGACGGCAGCUGAGGCGGGCGGAGUGGGCGGCCGCCAUCGUGCUAGCCUUCCGCCUCAACGAGAACGCCCUCACCAGGGAGGUGCUGGAGGCCAUCCCGCACGACCAGAUCUCGGUGGUGUGCAGCUCUCUACCUGAUAUUUACGUUGAGAAGCUGCUGCAUUUUCUGGGGUCUGCUCUGGAAAGUUCCGGACACCUGCAGUUCUACCUCACCUGGGCUCAGCAGCUCCUGACUCUACACGGACAGAAACUGAAGAACAGGUCAGGAGCAAUACUGCCCACCAUUCAGUCGCUGCAGAAGAGCAUUCAAAGACACUUUGAGGAUCUCUCCAAACUUUGUGACUGGAACAUCUACAGCAUCCAGUACGCUGGGGCCCUGUCCCGUCAGAAGGGGAUGAAGAGGCCAGCGGCUGACUCCCUCAGUGAGGAGGAAGAGGAUGAGGAAGAGGACACUGCGUCCAUGGAGGAGGCCGACAUGGUCAUUUGAACAGAACUCUGGGUCCACAGAGCUCGUCUGGCCUGUUGCAUUCUGGGACUGGUAAAUCUCUGAAGGUUUACCUUUGAACAAACUGUAAGGAUGGGAACACAGGACUGUGAAAAGAUCCACAGCAUUCAGCCUGCUCUUCCCUGGAUUGAAACAGACCUGUUUAAGUCAGACAUUAUUUUAAACGUCUCAGUCGUUUUUGUGCUUUUUUAGUAAAAAUAAAUAAGUAAUUGGAAUUCCAUUUAAGCAGCUGGUCACCAGUCAGCAACAGGGAGCAUAAACUGUUUAAGCUGAUAAAUUGUCCAUUGAAGUUCAAAUUGAUCACCGAAGAGACAUAACAUGAGUACAUGACGUGUUUCACUUGAAACAAUUGAGUGAUGAUCCAUGAGUAAAAAACAGAAUUUAAUUCCUUUGAAAGAUAUUUCAAGUGGUUAAUGUGAAAAACAGAAUCCGAUUAUAAUAACAGACAUUUCCAUCGCUGGAUUUCUAAAUCCUGGAGAACACAUAUUACAACAAACAAAAUGAAAAAUUUUGGACAGUGCUAAAGAAAUACUGUAUGACAAUACAGUACUAGACUUGUGGAGUCUGAGUGGUUUUGGACUGACCACGCACAAUAAACAGCAACAGCAAUUGCA